AUGGCGUUGGACGGAUCGGGAUGUUCGCAAGAUCCAUUUAAUAUAACGGAAAGAGAAUUCCGUAGUUUUUACAGAUUAUCCAAGGAAAGUGUGCGGAGAUUGAUUGAAGAUCUACGGCCACUCUUGCCUAACCCAAGACGGAGUCAUGGAAAUUUAUUGUGAAUAUGCUUUUCUAUACAGGUUUUAACUACAUUGAACUUUAUAGCAUCUGGUUCAUAUCAAGCCAGAGUCGGUCAACAUUAUUUAUCCUGUUUGAGUCAGCCAACAGUUAGCAAGAUUUUAUCCAAUGUAGUCAAUGCAUUAAAUGGUUUAAUGCAAGAUUGGAUUCAAUUUCCAAUUGAGGAAACAGAAAUCCAGCACAUUAAGGAAAUGUUCUGGACUCGCACACAGUUUCCAGGCGUUAUUGGCGCAGUAGAUGGAACGCACAUAGCAAUCGUGCCUCCAAAUAUAGAGAGACAACAUUUAUAUAUUAAUCGAAAGUUAUAUCAUUCAUUAAACGUUCUUAUUGUUUCUGAUUAUGAAGGUAAAAUUUUAACGGUAAAUGCUGCUCAUGGUGGAAGAACACAUGAUGCUAGAGUUUGGCGAUCAUCUCGUGUAUCCAACCAUUUAGAAGAGAAGUAUGAUGCAGGACUAAGAGAUGCUUGGCUUUUAGGUAAUAGUGCGUAUCCAUUAUUGCCAUAUUUAAUGACGCCGAUACGUGACGUAUCUGAAGGAACGCCAUUAGCAAGAUAUACACAGUGUCUUGUCAAAGCUCGCUCUUGUAUAGAACGAUGUAUAGGCGUCUUGAAAGGAAAGUGGAGAUGCCUUAGAAAAGAGAGAGCUUUACACUAUACGCCAGAAGUUGCAGGUAUGAUUGAUAUUAUGUAUUAUCAAUUGUUGGAACUGCACGUAAAUUAA